AUGAAGUUCGUCAGCUUCAGUUUCCUCCUACUCUGCAUUUUCCAGGCGGUUUCUUCACAACCCACCACCGAUCCCAAAGAAGUGGCUGCUCUCAGCAGGAUAAUAGAGUUCUGGAACUUGAGGAACAAGUUGAACAUAACAGGGGACCCAUGUGCGCAAAAUGCAACUUGGGCGCCAGAAACUGCAAACCCACGAGUCUCUUGCUCCUGCGAUGCCACCAUCUGCCACAUCAUUCAUCUGAAGGUUUAUGCUCUGGACGUUUCUGGAGAGAUACCCAUUGAGCUGUUUGAUCUCAAGGAGCUCAUGGACCUGAAUUUGGGGCAGAAUGUGCUUGGAGGACCGAUCCCAGCUGAAAUCGGGCAGUUGUCUAAGAUGCAGUACCUGAGCUUGGGAAUCAACAACCUGACAGGCACACUCCCACCGGAGCUUGGAAACCUGACCAAGUUGAUUUCCCUAAGCUUCAGCUCCAACAAUUUCAAUGGGCCCUUGCCGCCUCAACUUGGGAACUUGACCUCUUUGCAGCAGCUGUAUAUUGAUAGCAGUGGACUCAGUGGGCCAAUACCGCAGGAGCUUGCUAAUCUGAAAUCUCUUCAAAAUCUGUGGGCUUCUGAUAACCAAUUCACUGGCAAGUUCCCAGAGUUCAUUGGAACAUUCACAGAACUGAGGGACCUGCGACUACAAGGCACGUCGCUUGAAGGUCCAAUCCCAAGCAGUUUGAGGAAUCUAGAUAAACUUGAUAGCCUGAGGAUUGGCGAUUUAGGUGGUGCAGAUUCUUCUCUUGAUUUCUUGGGAAACCAAACUAGCUUGUCCAUAUUGAUACUGAGGAAUAGUCGCAUCUCAGGCCAGAUUCCUGAUGAAAUCGGCACGUUCUUGAAGCUCCAGCUGCUGGACUUGAGUUUCAACAAGCUGACAGGUAACAUUCCAUCCUCGUUUCAGAACUUCCCCCUGCUACGCUACAUGUACCUUGGCAACAAUGGCUUGAGUGGAGAGAUUCCUGCCAACAUCAUAAGCUCAAACCUCGUUUCACUAGAUGUUUCCUUCAACCCCCUCUUCGGAAAACUACCUCUGAAUUUCGCUCGAGUUGGAUUGUCCAUGAAUCUCGUCGGGACAUCCAUCGAUUCAAACAAUCUCUUGGACAGCCAAGCAUCAGGACUGUUGCAGUGCGUCCGUCAGGAUUCCGAGUGCAGCAACAGCAACGUGACAGCUUCAUUCGCCAUCAAGUGCGGUGGCAGCAGCCAGACAUCCGCAUCAGGAAUCGAGUACGACGACGAGUCGGAAAUCCUCGGAGCAGCCUCACUCUACACUAGCUCCAACAACGAGUGGGCGGUGAGCAAUGCAGGGAACUUCAUUUCCAACCCGAACGGACCGGUCUACACCGCUCGAACCGAGUCACAGAUCAUCGGCACCCUCGACUCCGAGCUCUACAAGACCGCCAGGGUCUCAGCCAGCUCGCUGAGGUACUACGGAUUGGGGAUGGAGAACGGGAAGUACACUGUCGAGCUCCAUUUCGCCGAAAUCGAGAUGGGCGACCCUUACUCGUGGCGGGGCCUGGGCCGACGGAUGUUCGACGUGUACAUCCAGGGAGACAGGGUGCUGAGGGACUUCAAUGUCCAGGCGGAAGCAGGGGGAUCGAAGCGAGCCCUGGUGAAGACGUUCGAGGCUAGCGUGAACAACACGGUAAUGGAUGUGCACUUCUUUUGGGCGGGGAAGGGAACCUGUUGCAUACCUUACCAGGGGACCUAUGGGCCUCAGGUAUCAGCCAUCCGUGUCUCUCAAGCUUCUGAUGGGUUCGGGUCAGGUAAGCGUGACAAGAAGCGCGCGGGGAAGAUAGCCGGGGUGGCUGUGGGGUGUGCUGCUGCGGCUGUGAUUAUGACUUCAGUGUUCUAUUUAUGGUGGACGAAGAACUCGCCCACUCAUAUGCGAAUUCACACGGAUUCGUCCAGGAAAGGCUGA